AUGUCCACAGGUGUGCCUUCAGGAAGUUCAAGUGCUGCCUCUGGCAGUAACCGCAGACUCCAGCAGACACAGAAUCAAGUAGAUGAAGUGGUUGAUAUCAUGAGAGUCAACGUGGACAAGGUGUUAGAAAGAGAUCAGAAGCUCUCGGAGAUAGAUGAUGGCGCAGAUGCACUGCAGGCUUCUCAGUUUAAAUCAAGUGCUGCCAAGCUGAAGAGAAAGUACUGGUGGAAGAACUGCAAGAUGUGGGCGAUAGGAAACAGUGUCCUGGUGAUUGUUGUCAUCAUUAUUAUUGUGUGA